AUCAGAGCUUUCAUUUGUACCACGUUUAACCCCGAGUGGAAAACUCACAAGUAAAAUUCUAGAAAUUCCCAAUUUUCACCAAAUGUUUUAAUUCAUUUCCAGAAAUCAAAGACAUUAAAAAUUUCCGUAAUUUGACUCGAGGAACUUGCAAAGAAAUCUCAACAACGUAGCAAAUGUCAUUAUCUCGAAGACCCUCGGGGCACCUCCUCGAAAAUUCAUGAAAAAACAAGGCAACGACUGCAACUCGUCCCUUCUAUUAUCUCCUCCCUUCAUUAUUUUUCAUGGAGACAGAGAUUCAUCAACUCUGGAGGUCACGGGCCAAGAGUGUAACGAACUCGAAUAAUACUGUGGCGUCAAUUCCGUUUGAACCACGAAAGCGCAAGUCCAACCCCUCUGGAGUAGAUUCCGGGCGAUCGCGCACGCAUGUAUACACCUCUCCUCAGUCUCUAUCGUACGCAGCACCCAGACGUACCUGCGCUGAGAAUAACCGGGGUGAGACGGGCCACCACGUCUGACCAUACGUCAGAAUCACCACUUGAACGGCAGUCGUGUUCAACGUACCCUCUGGACUGUUCCAGGGGCAUCAAGUCGUUACGUGUGAUGUGUCAUGUGCGAUAGAUCCCGAAGAUGGACGGAAAUGAGAUCUCUGUGAAUUACCGUAGAUAUUUAGCGAGUGAACGUUGAUAUUGAGGCGAUUUAGUCCGGCCUAACUGAAGAAAUUCACGGCUUUUCCACCAAUUAAUUCUCCAUAACUGAAAAUUUUCCCCGCAUUUUUGGCGCCUUCAAAUACUUAUAAUAAAUUGAUUGAAAUUGGUGACGAAUUUCUGAUGAAAGAUUUUCCAGGAAAAAUUUCCAACUGUUUAAAAAUAUAAUUUUAAUUAAAAGAAUUCUGAAAAUACUAUUUCAAAAAGGCUAAUGUAAAGUCUAAGACGAUUACUAAAAAAUUACCUGAUAAUAAUUUACUUCUAUAAGAAUUAUUGUUGAUCUUUUAAAUUUUUUGGUAUGAAAAAAAUGGUAAUGAAUCGCAGUAUCUCGUGAAUUUCCAUACCACGAUAAAAUAAUCGUAAAAAUUUUACUAGAUAUUUACGUGUAAAUAAAACGUAUUUUUCUAUCCAAAUAUAUUUUUAUUUAACAAAAUUGGAGAUUUUGUAAAACUACGAAAAUGGGUAGAAAGUACAAACCACGAUUAAUACCAGAGCAGGAUCGCAGGAUAUGCGGUAGCAUCUGCUGUUGUCAACUCACAAUAGUCAUCAGCUGUGUUGCUCUAGUUUAUCUGAGUGUUGCUGUCUAUAUACCAUCACACAGGGCAUUCAACGCGGGAAUCGAUCCGGAACCCGUAAUGUGCCAAACGGUUAAUGCCACCUUGGUAAAUUAUUGCGCUUGGGCUAGUUGUGGCGAAUGGUGUCUCACCAAGACAACAGGCUUUUGCCCACAAAUUCACGCAACUGUCCGACGUAACGGCACUGAUCUCGUCCUUGAAAAUUGCACCCAGUUCUCUAGUAUUGCGUGCCCACAGGUGAAUCUCCUGUCCUUGAAACGAUACAAUUGCAACAACGGAAGUGCCUGUAGUGCCCUGUCAGGUGUGUUCAACUGCAGUUUGGGUCACUGCGCCAAUAUGAGCGAGCUCAUGCUCUGCCAUCACAAGGCAGACGGUAUAAUCGUGGAUAGUGAAAAAGACAACAUGAAACUCAACGGUUUCUUCAGCUGCCAAAACUCGCGCUGCACAAAAAUAAAACGUCCAUUUUCGUGCGAUCGUUACUGCCCGAGGAUCAGCACCAGUAACGUCAACGUCUUCUUGAUGCAGGACGACAAUAUCUAUAGUGCGAGAUGCUCCAGGGCAAUGGCCCUCAAUCGUGCUCGUGGUAAUGUCCUGGGAACCAGAUUGAGUACGCCCGAGAAGAUCUGGGAUGACACCAGUGGCCGGGGAAUAAUCGCCAGUUGCUUCGCAGUAAAUAGAGCCGGAAAUACCAUAAGAACCGAGGACUGCGUGAAUGGUAGUCUAGUGGAGGAAACAACCGUACCUCAGCCCUACAUCAAUUUUACGACUUUUCUGAAGUUAUACGAGAAUAACUUGGGAAAUCCGGUGGACAAGACUGACAUCUAUUUACCCUCUCAACGAUCACUCACCAUUUAUAAUACCUCGAGGCUCUACAUCAACCUCGAGGGUUGCGUGAAUACUUUGAGAGGGGAGUGCAAAGAUUUUCUGCAGACUCACGGAAGAGACGGAGAUAAUCAAACGGCGCAGAGUAGAUAUCCGUGUUAUUACAACAAGAACGACUCGUUCUUCGUUGUUGCACGUUUCAAUCUGGAGAAGACCCGUAUUGAGUUAUUAGUCGCCACUAUAGUACCAACGGUACUCUUUAUCAUCAGCCUGACAUCACUGAUAGUCAUCACUCGUUCGGUGCAAGUUGGGGAUGAUGCCAAGAUGCGCUGUCGUUAUUGCACCGAGGGACAAGGAAACGAGGAUGAGGACGAGGGCCUCUUCGAGGCUAACGUAUCAACACCACAAGGCAUUUCCAACGAGAGCGAAGUGCGGAGUGUGCAACUUUAGCAGUUCAAGCCGGGGUUUAAGGACACGAAAUACGAGAAGGUCCCUUUGAUUGACGUGGACGACGCUGAGGAUUCUUUUUAAAUGUGGAGAGGUAUUUAUUCACUGCACGGGAGGAAAUCAAUUUUUAAUUCCCAGGAAAGUCCUUCUGAUCUCAGAAUUUUGUCGCUUGGGAAAAUGAAGAGUGAAAAAUCCCGGAAACGACUCCAGAUUUUUUUAGCUUCAUUUUCAUUGGUCAAUAGCGACAGAAGAAUAAAUAGAGAAAUGAGGUUGACAUAAUCAGAGUCGAAUCGUGAAAAUGAAUCGAUAAAAUUUCUGGAUGAAGUGAAAAUUUGAAAAAAAUUGAAUUUUUUACUGUUCAAUCAACGAAGAAAGAUGAAUAUCGUCACCGAAGUAAAAUGUUAAAACGUAACAAUUUUCAUACUUUGAAAAAAAAUUGACUAAACCUCGUGGAGGCAGUUGACGCGUGAGGAGUUCGGAAAUCACGAGCAUAAAUAAUAUCAAAUAAAUUAUUGCAUCGAUACCGAGGACGAAUUCUCUUCUUUAUCCUCUCAUACAAUUCGACCAUUUGUGUAUCAAUUCAAUUAUUCGAUGUAAUUGAAUAAAAACUCGAGAGACUCGGAGGAUUCGGAAAAUCGGAAAUUUGGAGCUUGGCGGGGCCAAUAAACUUUAUAGUUUGUUCACAAUUCAAAGUUUAUAUAUGUAUCUAGCCAUUAUAUGCCUUUCGGAGAAGCUAUUAAUGAAUAUUUCGCUGAAUAUUUGAUACUCACGUAUAUCGAAUCAACGUUACUCAAGAUUUCCUGACUGGUCGUGAAUUUGAUGUAUAGUAUAUGUAAAAUGUUUAAAAAUCAAAAGCUUCGAAACUACUUUUAGAGGUGUUCUGGAAAAUCGGUGAAAAUCACGCAUAUUCUAGAUAGUUUGAUUGCAAAAAAAUAUUUUUUGCUGACUGAAAUAUUAGCUGUCACCUGAAUAUCCAAUUAUAUAUUCGGCUUCACGCAAUCGAUCAAUUAAUAAAGUCUGCAUUAGAAUCAUUUUUUUACUUGAGAGUGAGGUAAAGGCGAGAAGAUGGGAAUUAUUUUUGUAACAAAUCAUUGGAAAAAUAUGUCAUUAACAAAAUUUAAAAAUAAUGAACUUCGCAUUAUGUAAGGAAAGUAUGAAAACAUUUUUUAAAAAUCAACUCAUGAGAACAAUUGGUAAGGUAGUAAUUAAACUAAUGCACUAUAAUUAAACAAGUCCAGAACAGCCUGAACCACUCGAUGUAUGAAUAGUGAAUGGAAAAAAUUAUCAUCAUUAUGCACAUAGAUCUAGAUGAAAUGAGAACUAGGCGUUCAUUGUAGAGGAAAAUGUAGUUAACGAUCUCAUUAUCGAGUGCACAUACAGCAUAAGGCUUUCAACGUACUGUCGACCCACAAAGCUCGUGAGUGAAGUUCGUAAAAUUUUUAAUAGGACACUCACAUUCAGGCUGAGAAAUAUCUUUAAAAUCUUCGAACUUCAUUAUUGAAAUGGGUUGAGAAUUUAAUGGAGUGGUUCAAGAGAAUUAAGUUCAUUCUGUUAGACGAAUGAAAUAGCAUGCCACUUUACAAGUGUAAAGGGACAAUGCUGAUAGGAAUGAUGGAAUGUGUUAGGGGCAGUGGUAGGACACGCGCUAUUAACCGACAGACGCGAUGAGAAUAUAAUUUUUUUUCGGUUGUGAGACAUUUGAAAGAUUUUUUCCCUGAGUGUCACAAAAUUUAUUAGAUAAUAGAGUAGAAGAAUUGCUAAUGAUGCUAUGGCUUCAUUAAUAUGCGAAUAUAUGUAAAAGUGGAAGGAAUUAUUCCAUUCAGUGAUGUAUUUAUUUGUGAUGGAAUUAGCUGUUGUAUUUUCAUAACGAUAAAUUCAUCAAAUUACCCCCUAGUCCACUGCUUAAUCAAUUAACCCGUUGAGGGGAGUAUUCUGUUUCCUUCUAGUGAUUUUUUCUUAAUCAGCAAAAUUAUGAAAGAAUAAAAAUUCACAGUGAAGCGUUUGAAAAUAAGACUCAAGAGUACAAUCAAAUUUUAGUUGUAGCUGAAUCUGAGUGACUUCUGACUGAAGAUUCUUCAUAUUAUUAUUAAGUUCAAAGUCUUUCAUUAAAAAAAUAAUGAGCACUGAAUUAAAUGUGCCUUCUUCCAUUGACUUGAUUAUCUGAUUUGAUAGUUUAUCGAAUAUAAUUAAUGGAAUAAAAGGUAGCGCUAUCGUUGCCCCGAUCAAAAUCUCGAAAUAUUUCAAAUCUCAGAUAUGAAACAUAACCGUAUUUAUUUAUCCAUACAUGAUAAUCAACAAAUGAUUGAGGGAAUAUUUGCCCGAAUUUCAGACCGAUCACGGGCACUCUGCCAUAUAAAAUGAUUCUAUAGCUUUACAAAAAAUAAAUAUAAAUGAAAUUCAAUAAAAUGUAAAUCAAUGACGAACGAUAUUUUGUGCGGUCUUUCGACCUAUAUAAAAACAUUUAUUCUAUAAUUCCAUUUUUGAUGAUAUACAAUAUAAUAGCAUGACAGCAGUUAAAAAGGCUCGAUGUUAUCUGAUAUACUCGAUCCUCAAUCAUUCAGCUGAUUGCGACCAUCCAUUCGUAAUAUUGUACAAAGCAAAUAUUAUUUUGCGGACAAUUUUGUGAACGAAAGUACUAGAAUAAAAAUAUCCAUUAUUAUGUCACGGAAUUCAACCGAAGGACAUCUACCAUCUUAUGUCAUGUAUGUAACACUUGUGUCACUUGAUAUUUGUAUAAUAAAUAACUGCGAUACGUGAAA